GUGGUGUGCCCCCUUGUUUCAGGAGGGCCGGGUAAAGGUGGCGGAGAAGACCCCGUCAAGUCCACGGAGCAGGAGGGCCGGACUCGACCUCAGAUCCUGUCGGGAUUGGGCUUCUGCAAAUGGUUCAACGUCCGGAUGGGCUUUGGAUUUAUCUCAAUGACCAGCAGCGAAGGGAGCCCCGUCGACCCCCCUCUGGAUGUUUUCGUCCACCAAAGCAAACUGGUGAUGGAGGGCUUCCGCAGCUUAAAGGAGGGUGAGCAGGUGGAGUUCACCUACAAGAAGUCCUCGAAGGGCCUGGAGUCCCUGCGGGUAACCGGACCUGGUGGGGGACCCUGCGCGGGCAGCGAAAGGAGACCCAAGGGGAAGGUCCCACUCCAGAAACGCAAACCAAAGGGAGACCGCUGUUAUAACUGUGGAGGUCUGGAUCACCAUGCCAAGGAGUGUGGCCUGCCCCCCCAGCCAAAGAAAUGCCACUACUGCCAGAGCAUCACGCACAUGGUGGCUCAGUGUCCCCACAAGGCGCUGGCGCCCGCCACAGGCUCUCAGGACCAACAUGCGUCUACCUCGGCCUCCAGCCCAGGGACCGGGCCCUACCUCUGCCCCCUGGAGGAGGAAGAGCGCUCCGGCUCGUCUCCCCUGGAGGGCUCCUCCUCCUCCCCCGAGGAGCCCCACACACACCAUGGCCCCCGGACCCAGAGGUGGAGGAAAUCCUGA